GUUGAACAAUAACGAAAUUGAAGAGAAGAAGUAGGAAAGUUGAGGAAAGCGUGAGCGUGGCACACCGCAGCUCAGCGACUUUUGAGACUGAAAGCGGUUAUUGUGUCUGUUGUUCACGCCACCAAACACUAAUCUCUUUGAAAAUUUAAUCGUCCGUACGAAUACGAUGCCUUCCCGAAGAAGAACUCUCUUGAAGGUUAUCAUUCUCGGUGAUAGCGGGGUGGGGAAGACAUCUUUGAUGUAUCAAUAUGUGAAUAAGAAGUUUAGUAAUCAGUACAAGGCAACCAUCGGAGCAGAUUUUUUAACCAAAGAAAUGCAAUUUGAAGAUAGGCUUUUUACCUUACAGAUUUGGGAUACAGCUGGCCAGGAAAGAUUCCAAAGCCUAGGAGUUGCUUUCUAUCGCGGUGCUGAUUGCUGUGUUCUUGUGUAUGAUGUCAAUUCAAUGAAAUCAUUUGACAACCUUAACAAUUGGAGGGAUGAGUUUCUGAUUCAGGCAAGUCCUUCAGAUCCAGAGAAUUUUCCUUUUGUUGUAAUAGGAAACAAGAUAGAUAUUGAUGGCGGGAACAGUAGAGUGGUUUCGGAAAAGAAAGCUCGUGCUUGGUGUGCAUCUAAAGGAAAUAUCCCAUAUUUUGAGACGUCAGCCAAGGAUGGUAUUAAUGUCGAAGAAGCAUUCCAGUGCAUAGCAAAGAAUGCCUUGAAAAGUGGGGAAGAGGAAGAACUUUACCUGCCGGACACAAUUGAUGUUGGAAACAGCAGUCAGCAGCGGUCAACGGGAUGUGAGUGCUAAAUAUACUGCCUUUUCUCCUCAAUACAGAUAAAGUACAUUACUUAAAUAUGAUCUCUUCCUGCUUAGCCAUUACUGUCUAUGAAGCUUCAUUGUAAAUUACUGUUUGCUCAAGAAUCUAAGUGGUCCCAUGCUUGUUUGUUUUAUGUGCUUUGUGUUCAGAUUAGUUUCUUCUUGUAUGGUAUUUCUAUAUUGUCAAGGGUAUGUAAAGAUCAUUCUAAAGUUUUUUGUUUCAUUGCUUAUUGUUCUUA